UUAGAGCGAUUCUCCUGGAUCACCUCGGUCUCCCCCUCGGAUGUUAAAACCCUCGCGAAGAGCUCGCUGGCGGAGUAACUGGGAUGUACGCGGAUGUGUCUGAGAGCGUGAAACACUGACUUUGCCCUCAAACUUGUUGCAACUUCCUUCAUUGACAAGGCACACAAUGGAACACCCAGUCCUCAGAAUAGCAAUCAUCUUGGUGAUUAUCUGCCUCCUGGAUAGAAGGGUAGACUCCAAUGAAAUCUUGGGCCUGAAGCUCCCCAACAUUGACCCAAUCCUGAAUGCCAACACAGUGUGUCUGACACUACCGGGGUUGACGCGGCGCCAGCUGGAGGUGUGCAUGCGGAACCCAGAUGUGACGGCAUCAGCAAUCCAGGGAAUCCAGAUUGCCAUCCACGAGUGCCAGCACCAGUUUCGAGGGCACCGCUGGAACUGCUCCAGUCUGGAGACGCGGAACAAAAUACCAUACGACAGCAUAGUCUUUAAAAGAGGUCAGCUCAGCUACAUGGUCAUUUCACAAAAUAUGCAGUAGAGUAC